AUGCCUGCCCUCGGCCCAGCUCUUCUCCAAGCGCUCUGGGCUGGGUGGGUCCUCAUGCUCCAGCCCCCUCCACCAGCUGCUUUCACUCCCAAUGGCACGUAUCUGCAGCAUCUGGCACGGGAUCCCACCUCAGGUACCCUCUACCUGGGGGCCACCAACUUCCUGUUCCAGCUGAGCCCUGAGCUGCAGCUGGAGGCUACGGUGCCCACUGGCCCUGUGCUAGAUAGCAGGGACUGCCUGCCACCUGUGAUGCCUGAUGAGUGCCCUCAGGCCCAGCCUACCAACAACCUGAACCAGCUGCUCCUGGUGAGCCCAGGGGCCCUAGUGGUGUGCGGGAGUGUGCACCAGGGGGUCUGUGAGCUGCGGCACCUGGGCCAACUUGAACGACUACUGCUGCGGCCUGAGCGGCCUGGGGACACCCAGUAUGUGGCCGCUAAUGACCCUGCAGUCAGCACGGUGGGACUGGUGGCCCAGGGCUUGACUGGGGAGCCUCUCCUGUUUGUGGGGCGGGGAUACACCAGCAGGGGCGUGGGGGGUGGCAUCCCUCCCAUCACAACCCGGACCUUGUGGCCACUGGACCCACAAACUGCCUUCUCCUAUGAGGAGACGGCCAAGUUGGCCGUGGGCCGCCUCUCCGAGUAUAGCCACCACUUUGUGAGCGCCUUUGCACGUGGGGCCAGUGCCUACUUCCUGUUCCUGCGGCGGGACCUGCAGGCUCAGUCUAGAGCCUUUCGUGCCUAUGUGUCCCGAGUGUGCCUCCGGGACCAGCACUACUAUUCCUAUGUGGAGUUGCCUCUGGCCUGCCAGGGUAGCCGCUAUGGGCUGAUCCAGGCUGCAGCUGUGGCCACAUCCCUGGAGGUGACCCAGGGGGAGGUACUCUUUGCUGCCUUCUCCUCGGCCGCUCCCCCCACUGUGGGCCGGCCUCCGUCAGCAGCUGCUGGAGCAUCUGGAGCCUCUGCCCUCUGCGCCUUCCCCCUGGACGAGGUGGACCGCCUUGCUAACCGCACGCGAGAUGCCUGCUACACUAGGGAGGGCCGCGCCACGGAUGGGGUGGAGGUGGCCUACAUCGAGUAUGACGUCAAUUCUGACUGUGCACAGUUGCCUGUGGAUACCCUGGAUGCUUAUCCCUGUGGCUCAGACCACACGCCCAGCCCCAUGGCCAGCCGUGUCCCCCUGGAAGCCACGCCCGUUCUGGAGUGGCCAGGGAUUCAGCUAACAGCUGUGGCAGUCACCAUGGAGGAUGGACACACCAUUGCUUUCCUGGGUGACAGUCAAGGACACCUACACAGGGUCUACUUGGGCCCAGGGAGUGAUGGCCACCCAUACUCCACACAGAACAUCCAGCAGGGGUCUGCGGUGAGCAGAGACCUCACCUUUGAUGGGGCCUUCGAGCACCUGUAUGUCAUGACCCAGAGCACACUUCUCAAGGUUCCUGUGGCUUCUUGUGCUCAGCACCUGGACUGUGGCUCUUGUCUCGCUCACAAGGACCCAUACUGUGGGUGGUGUGUGCUCCUUGGCAGGUGCAAUCGCCAUUCCGAGUGCUCACGGGGACAGGGCCCAGAGCGGUGGCUGUGGAGCUUCCAGCCUGAGCUGGGCUGUCUGCAAGUGGCAGCUAUGAGUCCUGCCAACAUCAGCCGAGAGGAGCGGAGGGAGGUUUUCCUGUCAGUGCCUGACCUGCCACCCCUGUGGCCAGGGGAGACGUAUUCCUGCCAGUUUGGGGAUCACCAGACUUCUGCCCUGCUGACCAGUUCUGGUGUGAUGUGCCCUUCCCCGGACCCUAGCGAGGCCCCAGCACUGCCAAGAGGAGCCGACCACGUGUCAGUGAGCGUGGAGCUCAGGUUUGGCGCUGUGGUGAUUGCCAAAGCUUCACUCUCCAUCUAUGACUGUGCAGCAGUCUCUGAGCUCCGCCCGUCUGCACAGUGCCAGGCCUGCGUGAGCAGCCGCUGGGGGUGUAACUGGUGUGUCUGGCAGCAGCUGUGCACGCACAAGGCCUCAUGUGACGCUGGGCCCAUGGUGGUUAGUCAGCAGAGCCCGCUUCUCUCCCCAGCCCCUCCCGCAAGAGAUGUACCCACCCCCUUCCCACCUGAAGCCCCCCAGACCCCAGUCACCCCUGCUCCUGACACCCUUCCCGUGGAGCCUGGUGCCCCCUCCACAGCCUCGGAUGUCCCACCUGGGGAUCGCCCUUCCCUGCUCAGCCCCUGGGGGCCGGGGGCGGGUCCUGGCCCCAUACCUGCCUCAGUCUCCACAGAGUCACCUCUCCAUGAGGAACCUGUGGAGCCGCUGACUGGGCCUGUAGACGGAGGCACCCGUGUUACCAUCAGGGGCUCCAACCUGGGUCAACAUGUGCAGGACGUACAGGACACAGUCAGGGUGGCUGGAGUACCCUGUGCUGUGGAUGCUCAGGAGUACGAGGUCUCCAGUAGCUUCGUGUGUAUCACUGAGGCCAGUGGGGAGGAGGUGGCUGGCGCUGUGACGGUGGAGGUGCCGGGAAGAGGACACGGUGUCUCAGAGCACGACUUUGCCUACCAGGACCCGAAGGUGCAUUCCGUCUUCCCAACCCGAGGCCCCAGAGCGGGGGGUACCCGCCUUACCCUGCACGGCUCCAAGCUCCUGACUGGGCAGCUGGAGGACAUCCGAGUAGUAGUUGGAGACCAGCCUUGCCACCUGCUGCUGGAGCAGCAGGCGGAGCAGCUGCAGUGUGAGACCAGCCCCCACCCCACGCCUGCCACGCUCCCUGUGGCUGUGUGGUUUGGGGCCGCUGAGCGGAGGCUUCAACACAGCCAGUUUGAGUACACAUCAGACCCCAACGUCACCUCUGCCAGCCCCACCAAGAGCUUCCUCAGUGGAGGACGGAAGAUAUGGGUCCGUGGCCAGAAUUUGGAUGUGGUACAGACACCAAGAAUCCGAGUGACUGUGGCUCCGAGAGCACUGCAGCCCGGCCAGGGGCUUGGGCGGAGACGCCGCGUGAUCCCAGAAACAGCGUGCUCCCCUGGAGCUUCCUGUGGUGGCCAUCAUUUUGAGGAGCCGUGCCAUGUGAACUCCUCUCAGCUCAUCACGUGCCACACGCCUGCCCUCCCAGGCCUGCCUGAGGACCCCUGGGUCCGGGUGGAAUUCAUCCUUGACAACCUGGUCUUUGACUUCGCGACACUGAACCCCACACCCUUCUCCUAUGAGGCCGACCCCACUCUGCAGCCCCUCAACCCCGAGGACCCCACCGCACCAUUCCGGCACAAGCCUGGGAGUGUGCUCUCUGUGGAGGGGGAGAAUCUGGACCUUGCAAUGUCCAAGGAGGAGGUGGUGGCCAUGAUAGGGGACGGCCCCUGCGUGGUGAAGACACUGACCCGUCACCACCUGUACUGCGAGCCCCCCCUGGAGCAGCCUCUGCCCCAGCACCACGCCCUCCGGGAGGCGCCCGAUGCUUUGCCUGAGUUCACGGUGCAGAUGGGGAACCUGCGCUUCUCCCUGGGCCACGUGCAGUACGAUGGCGAGAGCCCCGUGGCUUUUCCCAUGGCAGCCCAGGUGGGCUUGGGGGUGGGCACCUCUCUUCUGGCUCUGGGCGUCAUCAUCAUUGUCCUCAUAUACAGGAGGAAGAGCAAGCAGGCCCUGAGGGACUAUAAGAAGGUCCAGAUCCAGCUGGAGAAUCUGGAGAGCAGCGUGCGGGACCGCUGCAAGAAGGAGUUCACGGACCUCAUGACUGAGAUGACUGAUCUCACCAGUGACCUUCUGGGCAGUGGCAUCCCCUUCCUCGACUAUAAGGUGUAUGCUGAGAGGGUCUUCUUCCCUGGGCACCAGGAGUCGCCCUUGCACCGGGACCUGGGUGUACCGGAGAGCAGGCGACCCACCGUGGAACAAGGGCUGGGGCAGCUCUCCAACCUGCUCAACAGCAAGCUCUUCCUCACCAAGUUCAUCCACACCCUGGAGAGCCAGCGCACCUUCUCAGCUCGGGACCGCGCCUACGUGGCAUCUCUGCUCACGGUGGCGCUGCACGGGAAACUCGAGUACUUCACCGACAUCCUCCGAACCCUGCUCAGUGACCUGGUGGCCCAGUACGUGGCCAAGAACCCCAAGCUGAUGCUGCGCAGGACAGAGACCGUGGUGGAGAAGUUGCUCACCAACUGGAUGUCCAUCUGCCUGUACACCUUCGUGAGGGACUCAGUAGGGGAGCCGCUGUACAUGCUCUUCCGUGGAAUUAAACAUCAAGUGGACAAGGGGCCAGUGGAUAGCGUGACUGGCAAAGCCAAAUACACCCUGAAUGACAACCGCCUUCUCAGAGAGGACGUGGAGUACCGUCCCCUGACCUUGAAUGCACUGUUGGCUGUGGGGCCCGGCGCAGGAGAGGCCCAGGGUGUGCCCGUGAAGGUCCUGGACUGCGAUACCAUCUCCCAGGCCAAAGAGAAGAUGUUGGACCAGCUUUAUAAAGGAGUACCUCUCGCCCAGCGGCCAGACCCCCGUACCCUGGAUGUUGAGUGGCGGUCUGGGGUGGCUGGGCAUCUCAUUCUUUCUGACGAGGACGUGACUUCUGAGGUCCAGGGCCUGUGGAGGCGCCUGAACACCCUGCAGCAUUACAAGGUCCCAGAUGGAGCAACUGUGGCCCUGGUCCCCUGCCUCACCAAGCACGUUCUCCGGGAAAACCAGGAUUAUGUCCCUGGAGAGAGGACCCCAAUGCUGGAGGAUGUGGACGAGGGGGGCAUCCGGCCCUGGCACCUAGUGAAGCCAAGUGAGGAGCCGGAGCCUCCCAGGCCUCGGAGGGGCAGCCUUCGGGGCGGGGAGCGCGAGCGAGCCAAGGCCAUCCCUGAGAUCUACCUGACCCGCCUGUUGUCCAUGAAGGGCACACUGCAAAAGUUUGUGGACGACCUAUUCCAGGUGAUUCUCAGCACCAGCCGCCCCGUGCCGCUUGCUAUCAAGUACUUCUUCGACCUGCUGGAUGAGCAGGCCCAGCAGCAUGGCAUCUCCGACCAGGACACCGUCCAUAUCUGGAAGACCAACAGCCUGCCGCUAAGGUUCUGGAUCAAUAUAAUAAAAAACCCGCAGUUUGUGUUCGACGUGCAGACAUCUGAUAACAUGGAUGCAGUGCUCUUGGUCAUUGCUCAGACGUUCAUGGAUGCCUGCACCCUGGCCGACCACAAGCUGGGCCGGGACUCCCCCAUCAACAAACUUCUAUAUGCUCGAGAUAUUCCCCGUUACAAACGGAUGGUGGAAAGGUACUACGCAGACAUCAGGCAGACCGUCCCCGCCAGUGACCAAGAGAUGAACUCCAUCCUGGCUGAGCUGUCUCGGAACUACUCUGGGGACCUUGGGGCACGAGUGGCCCUGCAUGAACUCUACAAGUAUAUCAACAAGUACUAUGACCAGAUCAUCACUGCCCUGGAGGAGGAUGGCACGGCUCAGAAGAUGCAGCUGGGCUACCGGCUCCAGCAGAUCGCAGCCGCUGUGGAGAACAAGGUCACGGACCUGUAG